UCAAUGCCCGACUGUGGCGUAGCGUAGCGAUUCUCCUAGCAAUUAGAUGUCGAAGGUAGACAUAUUGGUAGUUUAAUUAAUAAAAUUAUAAAAAUGUAUAGUUUAUCUGGACACGUUUAAUACUGUUCGAAUUUACAAAACAUUCAUUCGUAUAGUCCGAGAUGGAAGAGGAAAUAAUUAUGGUCCCAGAAGACGGUUUUAGUCCUACAGGUAAGAUGUGAGAAGUUCGUAUGGAGCAGACCAAUGGUACUUACAUUGAUAGAAGAAUAUAAGAAAGUAGAACAUGAAUUCAAAGAUUCCAAUAUUAAAAAGAAGCACAUAUGGCGCAAAAUAGCUCAACAGCUUUCUCAGAGGGGCUACCCCAAUGUGAGUGAAGAUAUGUGUGAUAAAAAGUGGCGCAACUUGAAGAAGACGUUUAAAGAAAUUUAUGUUGGACAAAGAGGGUCACCUUUGAGAACCAGGUGGGGAUUUUACAAUGCAGUAGAAGAGAUAUUCAGUAAGGAUCCAAAUAUAGUAAGUGCUGCAUCAGUAUCAGUUUCAACAAAACCUUUACUAACUACAAAAAAAAUUCCAUGUUCUGAUGGGCAGGAAAUGCAAGUUGAAGUAAUGGAAGUUGUUGGGAAUUUAGGUGAAGAGUAUUUGGAAAAUGGGGAAGCAGUAAUGGCUGAAAAUUCUGAAGAUCAUAUAUAUGGAACUUUUGACACAUCAGUUCAGCAACCACCUGCUUGGUUCACAGAAUUUCUACAGCAGUAUCAUAAUGAUGAAGAAAGGAGAAUAGAAAUGUUAAAUAAAAUGCAUGCUGAUAUUAUUGCUUUGGAAGAAAAAAAGUGUGCUCUGUUAGCAAAACUUAUUGAGAAAGUUGGAGGCCCUUGUGUGGUACAAGAGAAUGAGAAAUGUGAAUCAUCUGACUUUAAAAGACUAGACCAAGAACCAGAGUGAAACAGAAGAUUUUAGCCAAUAAGUCUUAUUUACAUGUUAGGUAAAUGCAAAUGGAAAGUACAAUGUUGCAGCUUUCUACAUUAAUCCUAAAAUUGUAUACAUGCUGUGUACAGUGUAUUAGCUAUGAUUCAUUUGCAGUGACACAGACAUCCCACAGUCAUUAGUCAUUACAGUUCCUGAAACAUCUGGAAAUUGCAGUGCUGGUCAAAAUUGUAUUUUAGUGUCAUAGGUAUUACAUGUGGACCAUGCAGUAAAUUAUUUCAGAGAGACAGCUUGCUAUUUUCAGCAGUAUUGGAGACAUUUAGCUCUGAUGUGAGAAAUGAUAUAUCUUGGUGUUGACAGAGGCUUCUGUGUAAUUAAUUUAUUUAUUUUAUGUCAAUCACGGUCUUUUGGGUUAUGAUGCCUUGCAGUUUUGUAGGUUACCUGUAUUUUGAGGAAAAUGUCACAACCCAGAUGAGCACAAUUGACAUA